GAAGCAAUCUCACCCAUUCUCUCUCUGUGCCUUCGAUUCAUUGUGCCUUUGAUUCAAUUUCCUUCACUCUCAAUUCAUUGUGCCUUCGAUUUUACUCGUCGAUUUGCUCUUCGAAUUUCCUCUUCGGUUUUCAAUCAAAUUAAAUCUGGUAUGUAAUCAAUAUCUCAAUCACAUUUUCGAUUUUUGCAAUUUUAUUCAUAGAUUUUGCGAUUCAUAGUUUGCGAUUUUUUUAUUGUUUUUUUUUUCAUUUUUAUUCUUGUGAUUCUUGUGCGAUUCUUGUAUGGAAUCACUUUGCGAAUUUAUGUUAUGAGUAUACAAUGAUUCUUGUGGGAGUACAACAAAUAAUUCUUAGAGUAAAUGAUUAUUCAAUGUUUUUAGGGUUUGUUCAAUCAUUUUUAGGGUUUAAUCUUGUGCGAUCUGCGAUUCUUGUGUUUAUUCAAUGUUUUUAGGUUUUAUUCAAUCCUUUGUAGGGUUCUUAAUGUGAUGCUUUCUUCAUAAAUAUGUUCUACUACUUUUUGAAAACGUACUGAACCAACUCAUUCUCAAGUCAUGAAAUGUGAUGUUUUCUUAUUCAAAAUGUAAUGCUUUCUUGAUGAACAUGUGAUGAUUAACCUGUGAUUCUUAAUGUACUGAACCAACUCAAUGUCUUUUGAUUUUAAGUUUCAAAUUUCUAUAUCAGGGUUUUGGGUUUUUCAAAUUUUAAAAUAUGGUAGUUGUCACAUCAAAAUUCUGCACAAGUUGCUGAAAAACCUAUAAUUCCACAUCCUCCAAAAGGUAUAUCUCUUGAAACAAUUCUUCUAUGCUAUAAUUAUGAUUUGGCAAAUGAGGUCAUUUUAAUCAUAUUCGAAAAUGAUUUUGUAUUUAUAAUUUUGUAGUUGUAAAAGAAAAUGUUUAUAAGAGCAAAGGAAAACCACCUCUCAAACAAAGAGUUAAUCCUACUGUUAUUAUUAUGGACGUAAUAAGAGAUGUAAAUGCGGAAGAAUUAGUUGGAUUAGACGCAAAUGAAGGUCUUAAUCCUACUUUUUUUUUAAUUAAUCUUUGUUUUGCAUAUAAUUUUAUUGUUAUUUUUUAGAGAGAGAAGAAAAGCAAGAAGUAGAAGAACAAUUUUUGUCAAAAAGACAUGGAAAAAGAAAUAAAAUUGUUGCUUCUAAAAAGAAAAACAAGAGUAGUAUUGCAACAUCUACAACAGUUCCAAAGGAAAAAACAAGUAGUUACUGUAAGAGAAGAAAAUAACAAGAGGAAUAUCGCACCAAGUUCUACAUCAACACCAAAGAAAAAGAGAAAAGGUCAACUUCAUAUGCUUUCAUCUCCUUCUCAAAUGGUUUUUUUGUGUGAGAAUUUGAAUGAUAAACAAAGGACUGAUUUGAAAGAUAUUGGCUUUGAUGGUCUGCUUAUGUUGAUUAUUAAGAAGAGUUAUCACAGUAUGGCCAAGUAUUUUAUCGAGCAAUAUGAUAUUAGUACUUCAGUUUUUAUUGUGAAUCAAACAUGCAAGUACAGUAUCACUGAAUAUGAUGUAUGUCAUAUCUUUUGCUUGCCUUUGAGUGAGAAUGCUGUUAUUAAACAAAGUAACGAUAAUUCAGAAUAUGAAUUGUUUGAGAAAUGGAAAAAAAAACUUGUAUUGUAUCGGUGAAAAAGAUAUAUUUUCUAAUGUUAUGCAUCACAAAAUAGUACAUGAGUUAACUGAUGGAGGGGAUGAUUUUAAGAGAUACUUUGUAAUGUAUUCUAUGAUAACAUACUUGACUCCAAUUCACAUAAAACAAUUGAUCUUAGUUUACUCAAACCAUUGGUUGAGGUGAGUGAGAUUAAAAAUCUUAAUUGGUGUGGUCUGGGUUUUGAGAGGUUUAAAAGUGGUUUGGAGAGAUGCCAAACAAAAAAUCUGAAAAACAUUCCUUCGUGUAUGGCCAUAUUAGAGAUUUGCUUUUACCAAAGAGUUAGCUUCUUAGGUAUUUUUCCAUAAGGUUACCCUUAAUCCAACACUGGACUUUUGAGAAGUUGAAGAAAAGAGCACAAGUUGAACUUAAUGCUUGAUCCAUUGGAUUGGGUGACUUUGAUGGAGACACGUACCCGAUUUCAAAGAAAUUAAGAACACAUUUGCACGACGACGACGUGGAUUUAGAGGACAAUGGAAUAUAUCUUAGAAUUCCAGUUCCAGAUGGUUUGGUGGCAUCCUCUGAUCGACAAACUCAUGAAUCAGCUAAUUAGCGGAGCUAGAGGCACAAUGUAGUUGUUGGUUGAGAUACUGACAAAAUUCAAUGCAAUAGAAGAUGAAAUGAUGAGUACAAUGUCUGCUUUGAAGAAGGAAAAUGAAGACAUUAAAAUAUAUUUGAUUAAGUGUAGUGUUAGGGAAAAAAUACUUGUAUUUUCCUUGUUAGUUUUCAUGGAUUGUGUUUGGCCCUUAUGUUUUCAGCAAUGUAUAUGCAUUAGGAAAAAUAGGAACAAUGUAGAAGAUAUUUGUUUUUCCAACUUUUGUUUAGAAUGGGAUUGUGAAGUUUUAUGCAAUGAUUAUCAUUGCACUUUUGGUUUAUAUUGCAAUGUAAAAGUGAAAAAAGAAAUGAACUAUAUAGCAAUUAUUU